AUGCGUGACAUUGCGGGAGGUGUACGAGAAGGGAUGCAGCUCACCAAGCAGGAUUUGGAGGAGCAGACCCGUGGCUGGCGCAGUGCCUUCGGUGCCAAGCUGCGCAGCUUCGGUGCGAAGCGGGACGAGAGCCCCCGUGCAGAGGAGUCCAGUGCGCUGCACGCCGUACGGCAGAACCUGGCGAUGACCGCGAAGGACGUGUCGGAGCUCCGGCAGGAAGUCAUGAACGAGGUCCGCCUCAGUGUCAACGACAUCCGCCAGGUGCUGCGAUGCUGCAGUUCACCAAUGUUGGCAUAA